AUGACCAGUAUUGCAACCGGGUCCAGUCCCCACGCCACCUCUACCAAGUCCACCUCCGCUGCUCCUGCUUCCUAUGGAGCAACCGGGUCUACGGAUUCUGUUUCGCCCCAGGCUGCUGCCAAAGCUCGCAUUUUGACCCACAUGAAUAAAGACCAUGCUCUAUCGCUGUUUGACUAUCUGUCGUAUUUCAUGCACCGUGAGUUUGACCCAGAUAAUGCUUCCUCCAGCGUCGAAAUGACCGACAUUACCAACAACUACAUCACUCUGCGGUACACAUACCCUGACUCUCCCAAUGCCCAGUAUGCCCAGUUCCCCAUUAACCCACCCAUGGAGUCGCUACGUGAAGCACGAACCGCCCUUGUCGAUAUGGCCAAAACCGCAGCAGGUACUCGCGGCUAUGCAACUCACCGUAUCUCCUCUUAUGUUCCGCCUUGGUCCGGUGCCACUCCAGUCCAUGAUAUGGCCCUUCUUUUUGUGGUUGCCAUUCUUAUUCUGCCACCUCUCCGCACUCCAGUUUUCAGCGCCUUGGCCAGCCUUUUAGGUAUUCCUGCAGAUGGCGGUGCUUUUUGGGGGCCUAUUGUGUCAUUCUGCUCCAAUUGGCCUUGGAUUCCAGCCAUUGUUACAUACACAGCCCAUUUUGCUGAAGGACUUUUUGUGAUCCGGCCCAAGGUCACCAAGUACCGUGUUCCGAAAGAGGAGCGCGCCUGGUGGUACGUCUCUAUCUUUUUUGAGGGAUUCCCAGCAAUUUUGCGUUUCAACAGGCUCAUUAGCAAGGUUGAGGGCCAACAUUAA